CCACUUCCAGUCUCCCACGCCGCCGCCCCGAAACCCUAGCGAGCGCCGCGGCGGGAUCGAGCAGGCGAGCACCAUGGCCGUGGAGGCGGCGGCGACGCAGAAGAUCAGGUGGGGGGAGCUCGAGGAGGACGACGAGGGGGACCUCGACUUCCUGCUCCCGCCCCGGGUGGUCUUCGGGCCCGACGAGAAUGGCUUCAAGAAGGUGGUGGAGUAUCGCUUCGACGACAAGGGCAACAAGGUGAAGGUCACCACCACCACCCGCGUCCGCAAGCUCGCCCGCGCCCGCCUCUCCAAGAGCGCCAUCGAGCGCCGCUCGUGGCCCAAGUUCGGCGACGCCGUGCACGAGGACGUCGGCGCGCGCCUCACCAUGGUGUCCACUGAGGAAAUCGUCCUUGAGCGCCCACGCGCCCCAGGGAGCAAAGCUGAAGAACCAAGCACUUCUGGUGAUCCACUGGCAAGUAAGAGUGGUGCAGUUCUCAUGGUUUGCAGAACCUGUGGGAAGAAGGGUGACCACUGGACUUCAAAGUGCCCCUACAAGGACCUUGCUCCCCAGGCAGAAGCUUUUGUGGACAGGCCUCCUACUGCUGAUGGCCCUGGACCAUCAGGUGGCACUGUCAAGGGAUCAUAUGUUCCUCCAAGCAUGAGGCCUGGUGCUGUUGAUAGGGUUGGACACGACAUGAGGCGUAGGAAUGAUGAGAAUUCUGUCCGUGUGACCAAUCUAUCAGAGGACACCCGUGAACCUGAUCUCCUUGAGCUAUUCCGCACAUUUGGCCCGGUUAGCCGUGUCUAUGUUGCGGUGGAUCAGAAGACUGGAGCAAGCAGGGGCUUUGGCUUUGUCAACUUUGUGCACAGAGAGGAUGCUGAGAAGGCUAUCAGCAAGCUCAAUGGGUAUGGUUAUGAUAACCUUAUCCUACGUGUUGAGUGGGCAACACCAAGGCCGAAUUAGUUCUGUUACUGUUCGAUCAGUAUGUCUCCAAAUAUUUCCUUUUGCGCAUAUCCUGUGUUCUGAACUUAUGAUGUACUAUUUUUAUUUGGACGAGAUUAAUAAACUCGCAGCUAUUUCCUCAGUCAGCUAAUCUUUGCAGGCUUGUAUUUGUAUCAUUGUAUGGAUGUGCGAGAGUUUCAUA